UCCAACAAGGUACUAAAAACCCAACACCCCAAUUAAUCUCUUAAGCAGAAAAUUAAAGUCGUCUAGUUUCCAAAAAAACACAGCAUGGCUAGAAGCUUUGGGUUUGAGAAGCAAUGCUAUGCUGAUGAUGGCAUGUGGAAGGAGACUGAGUCUCAGGAAGAGGGCUAUGCCUUCCUCCACCAAGAAUCUUGGAGCUCUGAUAACAACUACCACAAGCAAUUCCCAAACAUGCCCAUGAAAAAGCCUGGUGCUUUUGCUAUGGUCAUGGAGUCCGAGCUCUCAAUUUCAAAACCGCAUGGCAAGUUAGGAGGAGGCUACAACGCCAUGUUUGAGGAAGGCAUGCAUGGUGGCCGAUAUGGCUUUGGUUAUGCUCAUGGGGGUAACAAAAAGUACCCUUUUGGUGGAACUAACACAUCUCAUCAGUUUGCAAACGGUGGUGCCAAGUUCAAUUCAGGUGGCCACAAUGAGUUUUUCUUGAAGGAAACCGACUAUGAGAUUGAGGCUUCUGUUGAGGAGCAUGUUGAUGAAAUGAGAUACGAGCGUCAAAAUUGGGGUGGAGAUGGUUACUUUUUGAGUCAUGACAGGAACAGGCUUAGGAAACCUUAUGGCGGCCACAAAGUUGAGUGGACAAUGAAGGGUGUCUAAUAUAGGUCCAACUUGUGCCACCUACUUCUUCUGCACUUGCUUGUUGCUAUUAAUACAACAGUAAUAAAAGGUGUGCUUUUUGGUGUUUUCUUGUUGGAAUAAGAUUCCCCCGAUUGGAUUUGGACCUUUGUAACGCUUAAUGUUACAUGUAAUAUUUACUUAUGCAUUGAAGUUAUAAUAUAAUUGUCUUUGAUAAUGAUGACUAAGAUUGUUUGCUUUGUCCAAUUUUUAAUUUGUAGCUCAAUAUGCUUAAUUUAUUUAAGGAUGCUACACGACA